CUUUUUAAAGUUCGUUUCGAAGAGAACGUGACCGUCAAAAUGGGCAAAGUGAAGUGUUCAGAAUUAAGGACAAAAGAUAAAAAGGAGCUAUUCAAACAGCUUGAGGAGCUAAAGACAGAAUUAACAAAUCUUCGGGUUGCUAAAGUUACUGGUGGAGUUGCUUCUAAACUGUCCAAGAUCCGUGUUGUAAGAAAAGCUAUCGCACGUGUUUACAUUGUGUAUCACCAGAAGAUGAAGGUCAAUCUUAGAAACCACUACAAAAACAAGAAAUACAAGCCUUUAGAUUUAAGAGCCAAGAAGACCCGUGCUAUGCGCAAGGCUCUUACUAAACACGAAGCAAAGAUCAAGACGAGGAAAGAGAUCAGAAAGAAAUCUCUCUUCCCACCUAGAGUCUAUGCCGUUAAAGCUUGAAUAAAUAAUUAAAAUCAAAA